ACACCUCUGACCGAAUGUAAUUCGGAAAGGUGUCUAAACUAAAAGAUAGCUUUAGUCUUGACAAAAACAGUCAGGUAGGUUAAGCAGACUGUAAGCAGGGGUAGCUAUUGCACUUCCAACAGUGUCUUUAGGUUACUUAACAAUUCCCCUGAGGACUGUAUGUCUUAGUGAAAAUCAUCUGUAACCAGCCUACUAUUUGUCUCUGAAUGGAGUAUCUUGAAGAAGGGGAAGUUCUUUCAGGUGAUGACUGCGACACUCAUGGACAUCGGAAUGGGGAAGAGGGUGAAACUGAAAAAAUUAAGUUAGAGAAGUUAGAGGAGGAUAAAGAAUAUGGUCAGUUCAUGUGGUCCCUCCUUCCAGACACAUGUCUGCGGCAGGUGUUCUUGCACCUCCGUGACCGGGACCGGGUGCGCGCUGCCCUUGUGUGUCGCCAGUGGCACCACGUGGUGCGCUCUCCGUCCCUUUGGCGCGUGCGCACCUUCAACUUCUCAGGCCGCGUGUCACGAACCCACCGCUCUGAGAUGGACACGGCCGUCAACUUCGCCAAGACGUACGGUGGCUUCCUGGAGGACCUUGAGAUCCGCUUCUCGCACCCCAUCAACUCCCUGGUGACGCGGCGCUUCCAGCAGACCAUGCGGGCGUUCCUGUCUGCCCUGCGCAAAGCCCGAGGCCGCCUGCGCUCCCUCACCGUCAAGCACAUGGACCUGGACCGCUCGGCCUGGUGCCGUAGCGUGCGCAGCAGCCUGGUACGAAGCCUGACAUUCUACCUGCGCAGGGAGGGCUCUUACCUGAACUACUUGAACCUCCGAGGGGCCCGGUUCUACCUGCUGCAGGGGCUGGAGGUCCUCGAGGCAGUCGCCGCGGCCCAGCAGCACGUGCACCUUGGCCGACGUCCCGGAUUGGCAACCCUGAACUUGGAGGAUUUUUUCUCCCAGUCGCUUGCUGUGUACAACAGCCCUGGCUUCGCUGAGGUAAUGUGCCGGUUUAAGGGUCUAAGGUCCCUCACGAUUAACUACAGCUGCAUGUCAGACCAGCUACUGGAAGCUCUGGCGGUGGCCUGCAAGGGUCUGGACAACAGCGGAUCCCUGCGCUCUCUCACGGUGCGCUGCCACAUCCAUGAGCCACAUGGCCAGGUGAUCUGGGGCAGUGCCUGGUCCAACUUGGCCAAGCGCUGCCCAGACCUCCGUGUGCACAUGUCUGUGGAGCGAAUCCUGAGCCUGGAGAGCCUGAACCGCAUCCUGCUGCAUGAGAUCCCCUUGCGAGACCUGAGCCUCACCAGCUGCUACUUCAGUGAACAGGAAUGGAGUGCCAAGCCUGCUCUGACCCAGGUGGUGCCCUGUUAUAGACAUAACUUACAGAAAUUGAGUCUGGACUUGAACAACAGUCAUGAGCAGGUUGACGAGGAACUAAUGGAGUUGAUUUUGAUGUGCAAAAAGUUAGUCUACUUAAAGGUCUGGGCCUUCCUGGACAUCAGCUUCCUAGAGAGGCUCAUGCAGAGUCGGAUAGAAAGGAAAUGCAUACUCAAAACCAUAAAAGUGCGAAUCUACACAAACAAGUAUGAGACCCAGGAAGAGGACAAUCAGCUGGAUCAGAUUCACCUACGCUACAGGAAACUCAUAGACACUGAGCUCAACUACUUCGCUAUCUCCUACCCCAUGCUCUAACAGCACUGAGAACCAGCCGGAGCUCUGAAGCCAACUACAGCUGCACUUAUCUCUUAGCUGUAGGCAGACAUUACAGAUGUAUUUAGAAAAUUAGAUAUGUUUCAUGGACUUCAAUUAAGAUCUAUUUGGCCCAUGCUAUAAAUGUAAAAUAUUGUGCAUAAAUAAAAUGAUCAUGACCGUGAACAACCCCAAAUAAGAAAAAGUUGGUUCUGUAAAUGUUUAGGAUAUAGGAUUUCAGUUGCUUAACAGU